CGUCCUUCUUCAGCCGCUGGAUUCUCUCGCUCUUGUGAUCCCAUUCACCUGGAGCCACAAACAAGUGAAACAGUCACAAUCGCUCGAACGAGACGGACGCAUUCAAGCCCAACUAGCCCGAAACUGGCCCCUUCACCAGGUGCUCUGCAGUGACUGGACCGUCAUUACACGCCAUCUCUAGCCGACACACCCUCACAGUUAGCUCCGCAGCUUUCAACAUCCAAUUCGACGCCACCCGCUUCACAAAGAGCUUCCCAGGUGUUAUUAAAACCCUUGUCUCCUCCCGCCCUCAGCCUUCGAUCGGCCUCUUCAGACAUCCAUACGGCUCUCUGCGAGGUUGUGUGCUCUACAGUAGGACAUUUGACGAAGCCAUCGUUUUUCAGUCAACAACAAGGCCGCCUGCCUAAAACAACUGCCCACCAUGGCUCUUGGAAUGAUUACCAUUAUCCACAUCGUGCUUGCCGUCCUCGUCAUCAUCGAGCUCGGCAUCACAGGCUAUCUUGUUGACACGACUUCUGGUUUUGGCUUUUCAGCGCCCGAUUCCUUUGCGUUUAUGCUGUUUAACUCAAUCUGGAGCUUGUUGAUUGUCGCCUACCUGGCCAUUACGCCGCUCUACCUUAAACGCUUCUACCAUGCUCUGGUAGCAUUCGUCAUCUUGGUCAUUACGACUAUUUUCUGGUUUUCGGGCUCCAUCGCCAUGGCCGCGUUCAUUGGUGUACCAAAGUGCCACGGAAUCACCUGGUGCCAGACUUCUCAGGCUGGAGUCGCAUUUGGGUUCUUCUUGUGGGCAGGAUUCCUGGGGCUGACGAUCCUUGAGGGCUUGACUACCUUGAGGGGCCAGGCACGGGCUGACAAGACGACUCCCUCAAACGUUUAAGACUUUGGAAAUUUUGUGGUGGGGACGAGCUGGGUUUGAGAAGGGAAGGAUUGAUUCGGAUGAAAUGCGGCAAUGAUGUGAUGCGACGCGAUGAUGCUGAAUGGCUGGGACUGGAGUGAUGAUACCCUAAUACACCUUUAUGAGGAUUUCCUUCUUGUCUCGAACGGUUUGCUCUGGAAUUUUAUGUCACUACCUAUUGAUGAUGCUAGCACGGGCCAAAAAGCGACAGUAUGAAUAUUAUAUAAAAUCUCCAAUC